AUGCAAGCAACGCGGCGCCUGCUCCAGCACCGCCAGCCCUUGAUCAAGUUUGUUGGUCGCCGGCACCAGAUACCGCAGAAACUCGAUCACUCCCCUCACGUUCACCCGGCAGCACCCUCCCCCCAACUGCCCGAGUCUUUUGCUUCAUACCGCGAGAAAGCCACCCAACACGGGCCCCUCAAAUCCACACCGCCGCAGUCAGCUCCCACCAGCACGUCGUCGUCAGCACCAUCGUCGAGCGCAGCACCGCCGCAACACCCAUUGGGCGAGAUUGGAGGAAGAAGUGCCAAGGAGUUGGGGCCGAUCCGGAUCGCAAAGGGCGAGUACGCAGACCGAAGCGAGCUACCCAAAAGAUUCCACCGCACGCCCUGGAGCGCGGCAGAGAUUGAGGCCAUUGAGAGCGGGGGAGCGAGCAUGUUUGCAUGA